AUGUUGUCACCUUCCCUGUCCACCUUCCCUGUCCACCUUCCCUGUCCACCGCCCUGUCCACCUUCCCUGUCCACCGCCCUGUCCACCUCUCUGUCACCUUCCCUGUCCACCUCCCUGUCCACCUCCCUGUCCACCUCCCUGUCCACCUUCCCUGUCCACAGCCCUGUCCACCACCCUGUCCACCUUCCCUGUCCACCUUCCCUGUCCACCACCCUGUCCACCUUCCCUGUCCACCUUCCCUGUCCACCUUCCCUGUCCACCACCCUGUCCACCUCCCUGUCCACCUCCCUGUCCACCUCCCUGUCCACCUCCCUGUCCACCUCCCUGUCCACCACCCUGUCCACCACCCUGUCCACCUUCCCUGUCCACCACCCUGUCCACCUUCCCUGUCCACCACCCUGUCCACCUUCCCUGUCCACCUUCCCUGUCCACCUCCCUGUCCACCACCCUGUCCACCGCCCUGUCCACCUUCCCUGUCCACCUUCCCUGUCCACCACCCUGUCCACCUUCCCUGUCCACCUUCCCUGUCCACCUCCCUGUCCACCUUCCCUGUCCACCACCCUGUCCACCUUCCCUGUCCACCACCCUGUCCACCACCCUGUCCACCGCCCUGUCCACCGCCCUGUCCACCUCCCUGUCCACCUCCCUGUCCACCUUCCCUGUCCUCCACCCUGUCCACCUUCCCUGUCCACCGCCCUGUCCACAGCCCUGUCCACCACCCUGUCCACCACCCUGUCCACCUCCCUGUCCACCUCCCUGUCCACCUCCCUGUCCACCACCCUGUCCACCUUCCCUGUCCACCUUCCCUGUCCACCAUCCUGUCCACCUUCCCUGUCCACCUCCCUGUCCACCUCCCUGUCCACCUCCCUGUCCACCACCCUGUCCACCUUCCCUGUCCACCACCCUGUCCACCUUCCCUCCCUGUCCACCACCCUGUCCACCACCCUGUCCACAGCCCUGUCCACCACCCUGUCCACCGCCCUGUCCACCUUCCCUGUCCACCUUCCCUGUCCACCUUCCCUGUCCACCUUCCCUGUCCACCACCCUGUCCACCUUCCCUGUCCACCUUCCCUGUCCACCUUCCCUGUCCACCGCCCUGUCCACCUUCCCUGUCCACCUUCCCUGUCCACCUUCCCUGUCCACCUUCCCUGUCCACCUUCCCUGUCCACAGCCCUGUCCACCACCCUGUCCACCACCCUGUCCACCUUCCCUGUCCACCUUCCCUGUCCACCUUCCCUGUUCACCUUCCCUGUCCACCACCCUGUCCACCUUCCCUGUCCACAGCCCUGUCCACAGCCCUGUCCACCACCCUGUCCACCGCCCUGUCCACCUUCCCUGUCCACCACCCUGUCCACCACCCUGUCCACCUCCCUGUCCACCGCCCUGUCCACCUCCCUGUCCACCUUCCCUGUCCACCUUCCCUGUCCACCUUCCCUGUCCACCUUCCCUGUCCACCUUCCCUGUCCACCUUCCCUGUCCACCGCCCUGUCCACCGCCCUGUCCACCUCCCUGUCCACCUCCCUGUCCACCUCCCUGUCCACCUCCCUGUCCACAGCCCUGUCCACCACCCUGUCCACCUUCCCUGUCCACCUUCCCUGUCCACCUUCCCUGUCCACCUUCCCUGUCCACCUUCCCUGUCCACCGCCCUGUCCACAGCCCUGUCCACCUUCCCUGUCCACCUUCCCUGUCCACCUUCCCUGUCCACCUUCCCUGUCCACCUUCCCUGUCCACCUUCCCU